GGGAACUCUCUGGCUGCCACUUUGUGGAGUUUAGCCCAGCUCCCUGUUUUCAUUAGCGCUUCAUUUCAUCUCCUCCUCUCCCCCCCAGCCCCACCUCCUCGAUCGGCAUUUCUGCAUCCUUUGUGUGCAUCCACAGCAGCAGGUGAAAGUCGGGCUGGCACCUGCACACACCCACUCCCACACCUCCCUGUGGGCUGGACGCUCCUCCGCCGCGGGAGAGAUCCCUUCCACCCUGCGGAUCUUCCUCCUCCCGGGCGGGCUUGGCUGCGAGCAUCCCGGUCCUCGCUUGAGGCUGCUGUGCCGCUCCUGACGGCUCCGGCUGCAGCAGCUGCAGCAGCGGAGGAGCUCUGGGACCCCGGGGACAGAGCUCUGCAGGGAGCCCAGCUCAGCUGGGGGACGACAGCUGAGCCUCGGGGGACCGGAGCAUCCCCAGCAUUUGGAGCAUCCUGGAGUCCAGAGCAUCCCCAGCGUCCAGGGUAUCCUGGGUACAGAGCAGCCCUGGCAUCUGGAAUAUCCUGGGAUGCAGAGCAUCCCCAGCAUCUGAAGUGCAGAGCAUCCAGAGCAUCUCGGCGUUGUAUUAUCCUUUGGUCCAGUGCAUCCAGAGCAUCAGGGUAUCCAGAGCAUCCUGCCAUCCCUGGCAUCUUGGGAACCCUGCCUUCCAGCUCAUCCCCAGCAUCCAGAAGCAGCAUCCAGAGGCAUCCCAGAGCAGGGGGAUUUACAGGAACUGCUGUGAGUAAUGGGGAGGGAACCUUGGUCCUGCUGAUCGGCUCCUGGGAAUGUCACCCUGCCCUGAGUGCCAGUGAAGAGAGACAGUGGGGAAAGAGAGGGAGAGGAGCAGGAGAGGAGAAGGGAGGACAGACACAGAGUGCAGAGAGAUGAUCUUCCUUCCCCUGCCCCGGUGAUGAUCACAUAGCACAGGCCACGCUGGAGAAGGUCUCCAGCCCAGGGCCAGCCCGCCCCCGGCUCCUCAUGGAGGGGGACCUGGGGGACCCCAAUGCCAGCGUGCUGGGGGAGCACUCCCUGCUCAUGGGCAGCAGCUGGGUGGCCGCCUUCCUCUGCUUCAUCAUCCUGCUGACCACAGCAGGAAACUUCCUCCUCAUCCUGCUCAUCGUCACGCAGCGCUCCCUCCGCAACACCUCCAACUACUUCCUGGUGUCCCUCUUCAUGUCGGACCUGAUGGUGGGGCUGGUGGUGAUGCCCCCAGCCAUGCUCAACCAGCUCUACGGCCGCUGGGUGCUGCGGGGGGACUUCUGCUCCCUCUGGGCCUCCUUCGACGUCAUGUGCUGCAGCGCCUCCAUCCUCAACCUGUGCGUCAUCAGCCUGGACCGGUACCUGCUCAUCACGUCCCCGCUCCGCUACAAGCUGCGCAUGACGUCCUGCAGGGCGCUGGCGCUCAUCCUGGCCACCUGGAGCUUGGCCGCGCUGGCCUCCUUCCUGCCCAUCAAGAUGGGGUGGCACGAGCUGGAGUUCCAGGUGCGGCCCCUGAACGUCACCGGCCGCGGGGACGAGGACCAGUGCCGGCUGCUUGUCAGUCUGCCCUACGCCCUGGUGGCCUCCUGCCUCACCUUCUUCCUGCCGUCCGCCGCCAUCUCCUUCACCUACUGCCGCAUCCUGCUGGCGGCGCGCAAGCAGGCCGUGCAGGUGGCCUCCCUGGCCUCCAACGUGGCCACCACCGACGAGGCCACGCCACAGGUCCCACGCACCCCGAGCCAGCCCCUGGCCGGCAGCGAGAGCAGGAGGUUCACCAACAAGCACAGCAAGAAGGCUCUGAAGGCCAGCCUGACCCUGGGCAUCCUCCUGGGCAUGUUCUUUGUGGCCUGGCUGCCCUUCUUCAUCACCAAUGUAGCUCAGGCAGUUUGUGACUGUGUCCCGGCCGGAUUCUUCGAUGUGCUCACUUGGCUGGGCUACUGCAACAGCACCAUGAACCCCAUCAUCUACCCGCUCUUCAUGAGGGACUUCAAGAGGGCCAUGGGCAAAUUCCUGCCCUGCUGCCGGCGCUCGGCGGAGCCCCGGCCCAGCGCCAUCUCCCUGUCCAUGAGGAAUUCCAACAGCGGGCCCCGCGCUGCCACCUCCCUCAAGAACGUCCUGACCCUGCAGGCUGAGACCGACUCCAUCGACUCCGGGGCACCGGGCAGUGAGCCCAGGCUGCUCCCGGCGCCGCGGGGCCCCGGCGCCCGCUCCGUCAGCCUUUGGGACGCCGAGCCCCCGGACACGGAGCUGCAGCUCGGCACGCCCGUGGCCUGAGCGGGCGCGCAUAGCUCGGUGUGACAGAAGGAUCCCCUCACACACCCUCUGGGAGCUGAUUUGCCACAAGCCAUCUCCCCGGCUCCCUGUUCCAGCACACAGUGCAGCUCAUGGAAGGGAUGGUGGCCCCGGGCGCUACCACAAGGAGGAUCAAACCGUGCAGAGCCAGGUGUUGCUGCUGAAUUAACCAGCUUUGUCUCUCUUUCAUCCCUCCUGUGCUCACCACCACCACCGUCCCCUAACCCUUCCUGCGGCCUUCCCAUCUCUGAUGAGUCUGAACCUCAGAUUCCAGACUCUGUGUCUCACUAACCUCAAGCCAAGCUUGGCUUUGCACACACAGAGCUCAGCAGAUCUUCUCCAAGUGCACUGAGGGGAGUGGUGGAAAAACAUCCUGUGGCUCAUGGGCAAGAGGUUUAGAGCUGCUUCAGCAGGAACACUGAGGUUUGGGGCUGUUUCAGCCCACGGAACAUCACAUCUUCCUGGAGCUGGAGCUGGAUCUCCUCCCUGGAGUCGUGUCUGUCUCAGGUUCCUGUCACAGUGCACUCCAGCUCAGUGGCACCACCGUGCCUUGUCACGCAGAGCUGCACUGCGGGGGCUGAAUUUGGUGCAGAGUGUCCAACACUGAUUUUUGGAUGUUCAGUGCGGGUGUGGGGUGCGACUCACGGUGGCUCCACGCGUGUCUCGCAGUAGUAAUGGGAUCAGCUCCUCCCACAGGCUCCAUCCCACAGCUUCCCACUCCUGCACAUCCCAUCUCGCUUCCCUCCGACAAUUCAUCAUGUCCUCGAUGAUGCAGUUAGAAAAUACACUUCAGCUAAGAAUCUAAAGGAAAAUUGUAUUUUAAAUGACAAUGCCAGCCCCCUUCCCAGAGCCAUAAGCAGAGGAACACUGAGUAAAUGUGACAAGUGGGCACUUCAAAAAAUCAAUAAAAUAAAUUAUUUUAGUAAAGUCUUUCUCAAGUGCCUUUGGGCUGGCAGUUGGCUGCUGUGCCCUCCCUGGAUCCUUCACUCCAAGCCUUCUGCCUAAUUCCAAGACUGUUUUCCUGGAACUCCCUGAUACCCAAAUGGACACAGAGCAUCCCCUGGAUACAGGAUGCUGCCAGAAGCAGCCACACACCAGGCCACUUUCAGUUUUCUUUCCACGUUGCCCACGGCUCUUCCAGAACUGAACAGGAGUUUGUAUGACCAAGCCAGCAUUUCUUUGCCACAAAUCCCUUGGGAGCCAGGGAUGGGUGACUGGGACACACUGAGGGCUGAGCACAGGCUCAAACCUCAAACUGUUCAGUGCAUUUUGCUGCAGAUGGAGCUUGGGGCUGGUGUUGAGCACCCAGAUCAAGAUGUGCAUCUUCCCCCAAUGGCUUUGUAUAAAUACAAGCUUGGACAACAACCCAGGUUAAAAAGGAGCAGAAAAAGAUACUGUGGAGUCUGGAAGUUUGUUAGGUACCAAAUCAGCCUCUGGAGAUGGACACAGAGAGAGGGAGAGUCACCUCUUCAAGCCAGAUGUUCAAAAGCAAUAAUUCCUUCCUGUCUCAUGCAGGCACUUCUGUGUAAGUAGGUGUUUGCUUGUGGACAAACCCUUGGAUGAGCAGAGGAAUCCCAUCCCAACCCUGCAGCCAAUGGCACCACCAGCAGCUGGCUGAACAGCCCCAUCCCUGUGGGAUCCCACAGUCAGUCCCUGUGGUCUCUGCAGUGAGGCACCCCUCGAGGUCAGAGCUGGGCAGCUCUGAGCCCCUGGGAUGCUGGAUUUAGGGAGAGCAAUUGCCAGGCACUGCAUCCAAACCACGGUGCUUUGCUGGGUCACAGCAUCACCCCCAAAGCCAGCUGUCUGACUCCAUGAGGAAUGAUCUGCAGGAGAAAGAUGUGCUGGCAACCCAACUUUGCUGGCUCUGCAAAGGAACAGUGAAUUUCCUCUGCUGGACUGUGUUUGAUGGAAAUACAGACCACCUGUGAGUCACUCAAACGUGGCAUUGGUUCCUUCAGCUCUUCUGAAGGAGAAGCUGCAGUGCCAGGAAUUCAGCCCUGCCCAGGGUAGCUGGGGGCUAUGAGCACUCUACACACCCCACAGAUAACGUGGGAAUCCCCUGUGGAAGGAUACACACGUGUUCCAGGCACCAUGGGGAAUGGGAAAAUCCCUCCUGUGGAUCUGCAGGAAAUUGUGGCUCUCUGCUUGUUCCAGUUGUGGGAAUUUGGGCACCAGCCUUAUGAAAUAUGAGUCCUAUAAAGUGGCUCUCUCUGCCUUUAGAAGCAGCUGAGCAUCCCCAGGCUCCCACAAAGCACAUCCAGCUCGAGCAGUGAGGAGGGACACUGGCCUUUGAGGUCUGUGAGCCACAAAGCAAAAACAAACUGCAAGUUAUUAAUGGCCUCCUUUGCACUCUUUUGGAAAAGCUUUUUCAGUUUCUUCCUCUGUUCUAACACAGUGACACUGCCAGAACCCUCUGCUUGUGUCCCAAGGGGAAAAACAUAUUGAAUAUGUAUUUAAUGUGGGAUUCUUGGAGCUCCCAAAUCAACAGCAACGAGGAGCACAGAAGAUGAAACCACUGAUGAUUCCAGGGGUGUGGAAGCCAUCCCUGUGACUUCACAGCCUAACAGACAGAUGGAAUUGUUUCCACAAGGCCCUGCAUGUGGCCCUGAGGGGAGAGGGGCUCUCCCAGCUCCUCCAGGCAGCUGCCUGAAGCUGAGCUCUGCUCCAAGCUCCUGUUCCUCUGAUCCUGCCCUUGGGGAGGUGGCACUGCUCACUGGGAAGAAGUGAAACAAAGGAGCAAUGAACACUGGCAACCUUUUAUUGCCUUUCCAACUCCCCAGGGUUUUUAAUUAAUCCACAUUUUGUAACCACAAUUAAUUCUUUGCUGCAAGUCUUGGGAAUACAGUGGGUAAAACCACAAUUUAAUGCGUUUGGAGAAAAAAAGCCUGACUCACAGAAGUGCCAAAUCAAUGGAUUUCACAAAGUUCAGACUUUCCAUCUGCUUAUGAUGUACCUGACUGCCUUGAAUCUGUCUUCCCUCAUAAUGGGAAUUUUGGUCCCUUUUCUGAGAGCUGACAGGAGGGUGGAUCCAGGUGGGGGGUUGGUCUCUUCUCCCAGGUGACAAGUGGAAACGGCCUCAGUCUGUGCCAGAGGACAUUUAGAUUGGAUAUUAGGGGAGAUUUCUCCAUGGAAAGGGCUGUUCAGCCCUGGCACAGGGCAAGGAUGGAACUCCCUUUCUCAGAGGGAUUUAAAAGCCAUGUGGAUGUAGCCCUUGGGGACAUGGGUUAGUGGUGGCCUUGGCAGUGCUGGGGGAACAACUGGCCUCAAUGGUCUCUUCAGAGCUUUCCCCACUCACAAUUUCCAUGAUUCUAAGAUCCAUCCCUGCUCUCCCCUGGACUCCCAGCCAUGCAUUCUCACUGCCUCUAAACCUGCAAGUUCAUCCCUAACUGCUGCUGCUGUGAAACUGUCCAUUCCUGACUUGUUGCUGACUCCUGAGCCUCCCUGAAGGUGCUCCUUGAGCAGUUCUGCAAUAUUCAAAUAUUAAUUCAGACUGCACUGAACAAACUCCCCUGGGAAUAAACAGCAAUCAGGAUAAUCCCCUGCAGCUCCACAGCUUCCUUGGUCUCUAACAGGUGCUGUCAAAUAAAUCCACAGAAUAAAUCAGUCCCUUUGUAACCAUGAGGAAGGAUUUUAUAACUGCAUUUGCUGAGUGGGAGGACAUUUUUCUCUCUGCUUUUUUACUGACAGUCAGAUAAAACCACACUAAUCAAAAGAGACAUGAGACAGAGGCCUUGGAGGUGAAUUGCUGUUUAUACUGAGGGCUCCUAAUCCUCCACUCUUUUGAGGAUUCUAGUGCUACCACAGCAAAAGAACCAAGCUGUUUGGAUACAGACCAGUUUUCAUUAUGGAUGGACCAGGAGAUGCCAAAAAUACUGAUGGUGCCUUCAUAAUAUUUUCAUGCUGAGCACCUUUGUAUCAGCUAUACUUUAUUCUUCUAUCACAGCUUUCCUUCUCCUGGCAGGACACCCACAGGGACCUCCAACAAGGGCAACUGCAGGGGUGGAGCUGGUCUCCAGAAAGAAAAUACCUGUAUCUCUAUUUAUCUCUAAAUAUUACUUUGUUUUUUGGGUUUUUUUUCUGUUAUGCUACUGCACUGUACUCACAGCAAAAUCCAUCUUUGCUUUCCUGCCACUUUAAAAAAUAUUGCUCCCGGAUAUUUCCUUCCCCAUUCUUGCUCCUUUUAUUUCUAAAAUGUUCACCAGAAUGCACUGUAUUCCUUCCCAUGGUCUGGAAAAUGGAUCAAGGCAAUGACACCUACUUAACAAACAUUUUUCCUCCCCAAAGCUUUGCAGUGAGAUGAAGGAAGUGUCAAUUCCUUCUGAAGGAGAGCAGCACUGGGACUGACUGCUGGCAGCAGGCAGCCAGGAUGCAGACACACAGCCCUGGGAGAUGAGCAGAGAGCAGCUCUGCAAACCUUAUUCAUUCAGCUGAAAUGUAAAUCCUGCUCCUCUGAGGGGAGUGGAGGAGCUGCUGUGAUCCAGGCAGGAUAAAGUGUGCAGGGCUCCAGGGGGUUUCAUGCUUCAGGAGGCAGAGGGUCAGGAGAAGGAGGGUCUCUGAAGAGAACUCAAAAAGAGAGGGGUGACAUGGACUGACUGACAGGAAACGUCACCCCCGUGCCACCACUUGGCAUCUUGGGCCAUUUUCAUGCCAGCAAUGAAUGUCAGAGAGCAAAUGAGUACUGGCAGCUCUGGGACAGUGAGAAAAUGGGUGUGGGAGUGUGGAAGUGCUGACAACCCAGAGAGAUGCAAAGAUGCAUGGGCCAUGUUUAAAAGCCUCCACUAAACCCCUUCCCCCUGGGAAGCCCUGUUUUGUUCCUCCAAGUGUCUGUUCCCUGUGCUCAGCACCAAGCCCUGCAUGUGCUGCCAAGGGCUGUGCACAGCUCAGUUAUCAUGAAUGAAAUAAGUUGAGAACAGUUGGGUAUUUAUAGGCUCAGCAAGCUGGUGCUCCAAAAAAUCUAAAAGCUCUUCAAAGUGCCUUUAGCUCCAGAGCAACACUGACAGUCCCUGCCAGCUUGUGGGAACACUUGGGAAGAAGAGCCAACCAUGGAAGCAUCCUGAGCUUUGUGCUGGGCAUCUUCCAGUUUGCAGAGAGUAAACAAUAAAUUAAAACAUUAAGAUACGGAAAAAACACAAUGGCACAUCCAAGAUUUCUGUGAACAUGGAUACACAAGAUAAGCUCUGCCUAGUUUUCUGUGGAAGAGCUCACUUCUUCUGUGAGAGACAACAACGUGGUGAUGAAUUUAAGUUAAUUGAGUUGAAUAUUGCUUAGAUAUAUUGCCAGAUGUUCUAACAGUGGCUUAUCACUAAUGACACCAGACAGCUUUGAGGAAGCUAAAUGUUUCCCAGAUAUACCAGUGAAUCUCUCCCUGUUUCCUGGAGACAAACACUCCAAAAAGGCAGCAGGACCUGGCAAACCAAUCAUUGCUAUCACAGAGCUUCUGUAAUUCCAAACCAGUUCCGGCUGCUGCAGCCCUGGGGACCAAGGUACAAGGGCCAGGAGCCUGUCCCUGGCUGAACCUGAGCAGUGUGGAAGGCUCCACCAAGAUAAGAUAGUGGGCUGCACCUGCCGUGCGGGCGCGUGUUUGGGAUCCACGUUUCCCAGCUGCUGAUCCCACCUCCCUGGGAUCCACACUCACAGAGCUUGGGACUCAGCUCUUUCCAACCCAAACCAUUCCAUGAUUCUCUGACAGCAAGGCCCUACGUGAGGAGUGACAGCAUUUUCUAUCUCCACUAUGAGAUAUGUCAGAACCAAAAAACCCCAAACAUAUCCAACGGGAGAGAUAGAUUCUCAUUGUUUUGCUCAGUGUUGAGUGCUAGCCAGGCCAACAAAAUCCAGAGGGAAGUGUGGAUAAGAGUUCUCUCAAAGACAGGAAAGAGGGACAAUGUACCUAGAGGGGCUCUCUUCAGUCCCCAGCUCCCCCAGAACAGUCAGUGUGGCAUUAGAGUGCUGUAGACAAAGCAUGAUGGAGAAAAAAUGAGAAUAAGAGAACUUACCACAGAGGAAAGGUCCAUGUUCACCAUCCUCCUGUCAUCCAGGUCGACUGGCUGGAGGCCUGCGACGUUGAGCUGGACAGAGGAGGUUCUGUAAACAAAGCUCAGCAGCCAGUCCCCCCUGGAAGCAGAAAAGAAUGGGAAUAAUCUUGUUGCCCACGCCAUGUGGAAUCAAAGAAUUCCAGAAGAAGUUUGAGCUGGAAGGGACCUUAAAGCUUAUCCUGUUCCACCCCCUACCAUGGGCAGGGGCACCUUCCACUAGACCAGGUUGCUCCAAGCCCUGUCCAACCUGACCUGAAACACUCCCAAUGUGUUACUACUCAGACCACAAGGAGAGUGGAUGUGCUGGGAAGCACAGUGAUGUCUGGACCAAGACCGGCUGCAGGUCUGUGUGAUGAAGCAAUGACACCAGGAAUGCUUGCUGGAUUCAGAGAAGGUUCCUGGGACACAGGGGUGUUCUCCAGGCCAUAAAGCUGUAAAAGUGACGAGACCUACAACACUGAUGUUGUGACAUAAAUAUUGACUGGGAAGCUCCUGGGAGUGCUCCUGAUUUAUAGGUUCUCAAGCAGAGAUUCCUCCAGGACUUCCAGAUCUUCCAAGGGAAUUCUCAGCAGCCAGCUGACACGACAGAUCAACACCCUGGCUCGAGCAUCAUAGGAUCCUUAAAGAGAGAAAAGCCCAGGAAAUCAGUCUGAUCAGUCUGAUGACACAGUUCAGUUAAGGAGCAGAGUACUCAAGGAACGUGUCACAGAGCAGCUCCUUCCCCCAGGCCCUCUUUUUCUUCCAGGAACAUGAGAAUAGACUGAUAAAUGGAAAAUCCUUCUUCCCUGCAAACAGAGCCACCACACCAGCAGCACCUACUACUUCCUGAUGUUUGGCUUUUAUAAAGGGUUCUUGGUGCACUCCGGGAUGAAAAACACAAUUGUUUUUCUCAAGGUGGGUGAAGAUACCAGCAAGAUCCAAUUACAAAGAAUGUUUGUGAUACCCGCUGCACGUAGAUCAACUAUGGCAAUCUAUUAAGAUUAUUUAUUACCAUCAUUACCAAGAUACCAAGCUAAUUCCACAGCCUUAAAUGACACCCUUGAUCAGGCAACCAGAAGAAAAUAUUUUAGGCUGAGAUUUUCAUAACAGCUUUACUGCCUUCCUAAAGGAAGAGAUCACCUGAGUCCCUGGAAACAUUGGAGAAAAAUCACCUCACUCCACCACAUUUACAUCUGCUUGGAAAUGUGUGGUGUGUGAAGCCUUAUUCUGAAGUCAGUGUUUUGAAUCUCUAUGAAAACUCCAUGACAAGACAACCACCCAUAUGACUGAGAAGCCUUACAAAAGAAGGGAGUCUUUAUUCAGUCUUUGCCAGCUUUUUCUGAGUUGAUGCAAGUUCAAACCCAUUUCCUUAACAACAGAGAGCCCCAAAUCCACAUUACACUGAAUGUGGGUAGGAAACCACUGGAAAAUAGGCAUUCCAAGUAUGCUGAGAGAAAGAACAUAUUCAUAAUAAGAAUUUUCAACAUCUAAUCACCUAUCACAGCUUCUACAGCUCUUUCAUUACAUCGCCUUUCCAUACCACACCCAUAGCCUGCUAUGACUACUGUCUUUAAAGGAUUCAGUUACCACCAUCUGCCUCUGUGUUAGUCAUCUGCAAUGACACAAAAGACACAAAGAUAACAAUCCAUAAUCCUCAGAUGUUCACUGAAUCAAUGGUGAGCUCACAUCUAAUCUCCUGACUUCAUGGAUCAUCUCUUCAUCUCCUUUGACACAAAGGGCCUUCAAAAAUGCAGCAUUAGUGCCAGUAAGGCCCUGUCACUGAACACGCUGAGCAAUUAAGAAGAUAUUUAAUAAACAGUAAAUAUUGCAUCAGCAGCGGCUGAAUACAAAGGAGCACUAGAACCAUAAAGCAAAAGAUCAAUAAUUCAUAAAGCUUUGUCCCAUAGCUUGUUUAUUUCCAGGUAAGAAGGAAAAAGCUGAUCUCAGCUUAUCAUUGAUGUUUGCCACACACCAGGGUUUUUUCCAGACACACACGCCUCUGCUGCCUUGCUCUGCUGAAGUCUUGCAUUCUGCCUCUCUCCGACAAAAUCAAUCAUCUUGCCCACAUGCAGAUGACUGUGUAAGGGAUUGCUGCUGUGGCAUUAGACUGAUCGUUUUUCCUCAUCUUUGCUUUCAACUGAUCAAAGCUGUCUAUGUUUCUGUAUUCCACCAAAAUCCAGGGGAUAUCCUCAGUUUCCUGUCAGGGCAAAAUCCUGUAUGCUCCCACUGAUCCAGAGCCACUUUUCUACAAGCACAUGGAGUCCUCAUGCAGCAUAAGCUCGGAGCAAGCACAAGCUAAAUUGCAUCCUUAAUAAACUCAGCAGCAACGCAGGAAAACCUGCCUCAAUGCAGAGAAUCCAUCCUGAGGCAGAGAGAAUGAGGGAAACAAUGCAGGAAGCACAUCAAGGCCGAAAAAAUGAGUGUAGAUGUACUGAAUUUGAGGAAACAGCAUCCAAAGAACCACUUUUAUUUUAGAAGAUCUGCUCUAAAUUAUUAAGAUUAAGAUCUCUGUUGCUGUCCUUGUAUUAUUGUAGGACUUUCGGCACUGGAACAUUUGGACCAGGAGCAGAUCCUCUGAGGCAUUUUAUAGACUGACAGGAGAGAGAAAAGGUGGCUGAGGAAAUGGGAGCCGGUCAAGGUGACCAGAGAAGUUCACUGCUCUCUUAUCUCCCCUAACACAGCCAAGUUCUCACUCUCUAUCUGCUGCUCAGCCAGGCCAUUGCUCAAGGUGAGUGUGUGAUAACCCCUAAUCAGCCAAUAUCAGAGCACUGGGGUGUCUGGCACAGGGUGACAGUGCCCAUGGUCUGUGUGGCACCAGCAGCAGCCUAACACUCUCUUCACCCUGCAUGGCAUAACAUGAGGUUGGAUGAGGAGAGAUCUUCCCCAGCAAAAGCAAACACUGCCAAAACGCUUCACCUCUUUUAUCUUUCCAUCAGCUUUUACAGCAGAACAUUAUGGAGCAGUUUCACUUCCUCAGUGAAAGAAAAUAAAGUCACAAUAAUUUCCUUCUGGCCAAAAUGUACUCUGGGAAAAAGACUUUGGAAAUUGUGCUCCUUGGAGCAUGUGUGUGGAGGUGGUUUGUGAUGCAUAUAUAGUGAAGGGGCUUUCAAACAAGUGAGAAACAUGUCUACUGUGUUCAGGGUGUCACUAAAAUGUGUACAACACAUGUAUGAAUGGAGACCACUGCAGUAACACAAUCAAAGUAAAAACUUUGUCAGUUCUCUGUUCUGUAGAGUGAAACCAUCAAAGACACAACUCAGCAGACAGUGACCAUGUUUCACAUUCAUCAUUUCCAUGAGGUCUUUAUGGAUAGACUGCCAGUCCUCCCACAGCUACUUAUAAAUAAAUGCCUAUCAGAAAUAUUGAUUUUAUUUCCCUGACUGCACAAACAGCACUUCAGCUGCAAACAGACAGAUAUGACAAACCUCUUUUGCAAACAAACAAGGGCGAGGGGAGCACACAAACUUACCUGGGUAAUGAGAAGUGGAUUUUCUUUCAAGAUGGGAUCCUUCAGCAAAAUUUCAGCAAAAGUUUCUGUGCCCUCACCUCCUAAGCCAUCAGCAAAGGCUGUCAUGGCAGGUAAGACAGCAUCAGGCAGGUCCAGCCACUUCACAAAGCGCUUGAUGAAUUCUGUCCUGAAGGAGCUGUAAGGUAACAGAAGCAGUUAAGGCUUCACAAGUGGGUAUUUCAAGGCUCCACAACCGGGUAUUUUUGGAAGGUUUGAACAGUCCUUGGUUUCAAACAUCAGUUCACACAAAAAUCAAAGCAUCAGGAGUCAGAAGAAGGUGAAUUGCUAAACAAACUGGCUAAAUAAACAAGGAAACAAUCUAAGUGGGACUAGACCUUGCUUCAGAACAUGCUUUGAUGUCUGCAGUGUUAAGGGAUGUGUUUUCUGCUGAAUUGUAAAAGCCUUACAGGUGCAAGACAGAAAGGCUCUUCCACUCCCCCAACUUCAGAGGACCCUGCACAGAGUGUGAUACCAGCUCUGGCUGAGCCACCACCCAAACUCCACCAGGCCUAGCUCCACUUGUACCUUUGCUCGUUUUCAGGGAAGAGCCAGGCGAGGGAUAUCCCGCAAAGCGCCGCGUACGCGAACCUGCCGGCUUCAGGCAGCUGCCGGCCCAGGAGCGCGCCCGGCUCCCUCUCCCCGCCGUGCUCAGCCUCCUUGUGCUGUUUCGAAGCCCAGCCUUUCCACUUCUCUGCAGCCAUUUUCACCUGCAAGUUCAAGGAGGAAAAAGCAGCAGAAAAAAACCAGCAGCAAACAGUUGGAAACCAGGAAGUGAGGAGACAAAUUGCCUGUGUUUUUUACUGCCACACUUGCUGCUGGAAUUAAGUCAGGUCUGACCAGGUCCAGCCUGUCUGCUGUCCCCAACACACUGCUGUGACCGAAGAAGACACAGGAACAGGACACAGAUGAACAGCUCACCAAUUCUCAAACGUUUUGCACAAAAUUAGCUGACAAUAAAUAUUUCAACCCGAAAAAGGACAAGUUCCCUUUGGGAUGCAAAAGAAUCGGGUGCCGUUCAGGCCUAUCAGUCCCACAUUUACUGCAAAAAUAACAUGAAAAUAAAAGCUCUGCCCCUGGUGCAGGGACCAAUAGAGCUGCCUGGAAAAUAAUUUUCAUCUCCCAUCCUCAGCCCAAAUUGCUCCUGGUUUUUUUUUGCUGACAGCAUUAGGAAAGUUGAGUCCAGCUGCAGCCUCUGAGGACUUUGAUGUGUCCCACAGUCAUGGCUGUGCUUUGCUUGUAAUAUUUCUCCUCUGUAAAACCUACCACUGUCCCUAAAACACUGUUCCCUAAAAAUAAGAUCCCUGCACCACAUGGACCACAUCUAUUUUUUAGAAUGUAGAUGUGCACACUUCCAAGUGAUGGGCUUCCAGCUGCUCCCCUGAUGGUGCCAGCAGCAAACCGAGACCUCAGGCAGAGGGGACAACAGUUAGCUCAUUUCAAAUUCAGCCUGGGUAACAACCCGGUCCAGGGCUCACUUCCAUCACCUGGAAUUUCUACUAAUUACCUUAAGAUCCAAUCAGUUUCUAAGGGGCCAAAAUCACCCAUUUUAUUUUAUAGUUCAAAUUAAAGUGUUUCCUUUCUUCCACACCCUGGCUAAUUAGGAAUUAGGAGCCCAUGACACUACAAGUGACUCCCAGGGGAUGGAGACCAUUUAUGGAUCAUUUCAGAGCCCUAAAAGAAAAAACUUCAACUGGAGUUGCUCUUUUUCAAGAGAUUUGAUAUUUGCAUGCCAUCUGUCAUGGUCCUUUAGGAUAGGUGUCUGUCCUGCCUUCCCACUCAGAAACCCUAAACAUCCAAACUUCCAGACCAGUUUUCCCAGGAUUAAUCUAAUGCUAAAGUUUCAAUAAUUUUACAAUUAUUUGUCAUGUCUGCUUACCUCUGGAUAUAUUAUGGGAGACAGCACUGAAAAUAAAACUCCCUUCCCUGACAGAUUUAUUGAUUUCUUAACUUGGGCUCAUAUGAAAAAUGUAGCAGCUAAAAAAGAUCCAUGAGCAGUACAACUGUUUAACCCAAUUUCCUAAUAACAUAAAAUAUGGAGCAAUAAUGGAGCAACACCACAAUAGCUCCUGGCAUGCAACAAAUCAUUCAGAGUGCUGAGCAGCUAAAAUACCCAGAGAAAGUUUCUGAAAGGCUUUGCUCUGAAGAUGAUCAAUGUACUUCCCUCUACACAGGUAUCUUUUUCCUUAUAAACAUGUAGUAAAUAAUAGGCUUGGAAGUUUUAGACAUACAGCUUUAAAAAAGAGCAAUGUAUGAUUUACUAAAGAAAACUUGGGCCAAGAAGUUCUGCCACAAAUCCAAGAUGAGGGAAUUGAGAGUUAGAAACAUAUUCCAGAAGUUAUUUAUUCUAAAGGUCUCAUGGCACUGGAACUCCUAUCCCUACCUCGAACAAUGUAGUUCAGCAAUCAACACCAUUGCCAUAAUCUGAAAUGUCGCUUGAAAGAGAAUUUUUUAUCACUUCCAGCUCUCAUUUUUCAAACAAAGCCCUUUGUUUUCUUGAGAAAUUAUGUAUUUUAUACAGCAGAUAACACAAUAAUGUUUGGAAAGCAGAAAGAUAAUUCCUUUGGGCUCUAAAGCUGUAUGAUACACGAACUCCCUGCAGCUGAAAGAGGAAAUAAAGAUAGGCUGGCAUCGUGUUUGUACUAAACUGUGACAAAGGCAACCAAACCAUCAUCUCCACAACCUCCCAAAGUUAACGAGGCAUUUCAUUAACUUCAGAGGAGCGGAUGUAGGUAAUUAUUCAGACGGGGCUGGCCAAAGAGCUCCGUGUAAGGCACAGUGGGGAAAGCCCAGCCCAGCUGUGGUUACACAUCACACACAACACUGUGCCUGUGGAAACGUUUGGGCAAAAGAGAUUUUUUUGGGCACCUGCACAUGGCUCCAGAGGUGCUGGGAGCACCACAGCCUCUACUUUUAAUCUGUAGAUAAGAGGUAUAAACACGGAAUGCCACUAAUCCAGUUCUGUCUCAAUGGAAGAACACACAAAUAUGUUAAGGAUGGGCCACACGGAUCAGAGCCCGAGGGGACAGGGACACGGAGAAACCCAAAGCAUAAGUAGUUAGAAAAGUGAGCGUAUUUAAUUCAGUUAAGGUUUGCAUCCUAAGGUUUGCACAACAACGGCUGAGAAGCGUGUCCUCACAGUGAAGUGAGCAAAGCUGCGGAGAGGGAACAGCACAUCGAGAAGCGUGAAGGCAUCACCUCAGCCGGGGAAGCUGUGAGGGCGGACACCGCCACAGCUGCCCGUGUUCCCGUUUACCACAAGUCCUUCACGUCUGAAGUCUCCGCUGAUCCAACACAGCGCUUAUUUACGGAAAGCGGCGCUUCGGGCCACGCUGAGGGGAGGGAAGCAGCGGCCAGAGCAAGGGCAGCUGCCUGAGGGGACGGUCCCGCCCGCUCGCCCCUCAGCCGCAGCGCUGCUCCCGCCCAGCCCCUCUCCCCCAGCCCGGCCCGGCUCAGCCCCGACCUGCCGCCGACCCGGCCGAGUACCGAGCACCGGGAACCGAGCACCGACUACCGCCGCCAGCGCCCGCCCCUUCCUGCCCGGGCCGGGCUGGCCGCCGGCACUGCGCCAUCGGCGCAGCCGAGCGUGUGGGGAGGGCGGGAGCUGCGCUGGGCUGAGGGAUGGAGGGCACUGAGGGAUCACACAAUAUCCUGAACUGGAAGGGACCGCAGUGAUAAUAAAAUCCAGCUGCUGAAGUGAAUGGCCCAGAGAAGGGAUCAAACCCACGAUCUCGGUGUUGUCAGUACCAUGCUCCAACCAACCGAGCUGACCGCGGGAUCACCUGAGGGCAUGGUGAGGGAUGAGGUGAUGCUGCCUAGACACAUUUCUCAUUAUAAUUCCCUCUCUCAGGCCACAGUGUAUUACCCAGUCCCUGUAUGAAAUCAGGAGCUGGGCAGGUAAGGUAAGCAGGGCAUGGGACUUCAGAACUGAAACUUUCUUAACAAAAUGAAUUAAACUUGAGUACAAGCAAAUCCUUUACAUUUUGGAAUAAGAAUAUAAUCCCAUUAGCCUUUUCUCUAUAAACUUAAACUUAACUGCCGCUUCAGUCUUGCAUAGUUAUUGAGCCUAAUUCUCUUGUCAGAUGGGAAUCUGUUCAAAAGAUAACAGGUUCCAGAGCCUCAUGACUGCCACCAGCAUGGGGGAACUCUGAAUCACGGGGGUGUUAGUGGCUCUCAGGCUGAGAAACAUUUCAGUGCAACUGCUGAAGGAAAACUUGGAAGGUGCUGCUCUAUAUCUCUGUGGAUCCAUAAGGAUUCUUUCAGAGGGCCUGUCUUGCCCUGGAAAUAAACUUCUGUAUGCUGUC